AUGCCGAUCACUCAUCUGUUGCUGUCUGUUUACAUUGCCACCUUCCUGAUCGGGGUACCUGCCAACAUCCUAGCAUUCUGCACCUUUUGCCAAAAGGUGCGCCGCAAACCUGCCCCCAUCGACAUCCUGCUACUCAACCUGACUAUCUCUGACCUCAUAUUUCUCGCUUUCCUGCCUUUCAAGAUGAAGGAGGCUGUUGAUGACAUGAACUGGAACCUCCCCUUCUUCUUGUGUCCAGUCACUGGUUUCCUGUUCUACUCCACCAUCUACAACAGCACCCUCCUCCUGACCGCGGUGAGUGUGGAGCGCUACCUUGGUGUGGCCUUCCCUAUCAGAUACGCCCUGUGUCACAGGCCACGCUAUGCUGUGGUGGCCAGCAUCAUAUGUUGGGUGGUGUCAUCACUGAACCUUAGCGUCGUGUACAUUGUGCCCUGCUCCCACUGGAUAUAUAGCAAUGGGACCAAUAUGGACGAUCCCCCGACAACGUGCUACCUGAACUUCACCAAAGACCAGCUCAGCAUCCUUCUCCCAGUGCGUCUGGAGCUAUUCCUUGUCCUCUUCUGCGUUCCCUUCCUGGUCUGCACCUUCUGCUAUGUCAACUUCAUCCGUAUCCUGUCUCGGCUGCCCAAUAUCGGGCGGCGGCGGCGCCUGCGGGCCAUUGGGCUGGCACUGGGCACCCUGUUGGUGUUUGCCCUCUGCUUUGGGCCCUACAACGUAUCCCAUGUGGUGGGGUUCGUCCGGAAAGACAGCGAGAGUUGGAGGGAUGUAGCAUUGCUCUCCAGUACCCUCAACGCCUGCCUGGAUCCCAUUAUCUUCUACUUCUCCUCGGUGGCUGUCAGGAGCAUGCUCAGUCACUGCUUCAGGAGCUUCGUGGCUACACUACACAUUUUAAAGUGUGAGAGGGGUCAAGUCUGA